AUGCAGAUCCACUACUGGGAGAGGGACAAGCAGAACCAGAGCGAGAAGGUGAAGGUGAUUUUUGUCCCCGACACGCGUGUGCAGCUCACCAACCUGACCAGCUACACGCCCUACCAGGUGACCCUGACGGCCUUCAACACGGCAGGGGACGGCCCGCCCAGCGACCCCCGCGGGGCUCGGACCCUGCAGUCUGCUCCCAGCCCGCCCAGCUACCUGUCCUUCUCCGAGGUGACGGGAGGAAGCGUCAACGUGUCCUGGGGAGCCCCCCUCACUCCUAAUGGACAGAUAGAGGGCUACAGGGUCGUCUACCAGCCCACAGCUCCAGUGCAAGGGGUGAGUAAAGUUGUGACGGUGGAUGUGAAAGGCAGCUGGCAGCGAUGGCUGAAGGUUCGAGACCUGGUCCAAGGGGCCACGUACACGUUCAGCGUCCAGGCGCUCACCGUCAGCCACGGCCCCCCCGCCCAGACCAACAUCACUGCUCAGCCUGUGCAAGGCUCCCCUGGGUCUCCUGUGGAAAUGUCCAUCACCAAGACGUCCUCUGAUCUGAACAUCCACUGGUCGGAGGGAGACGUGGGAGCAGCCCCCGUCACUGGAUACGUGAUCGAGGCUCGGCCCUCAGAUGAGGGGGUGUGGGACUCCUUCAUCAGACCCCUCCCCCCCAGCAGCCGGUCGGUGUCGGUACAGAUGGAACGCCUCAGGUCUGGGAUCAGCUACGAGUUCAGAGUCAUCGCUGUUAAUCGCUACGGUUAUGGGCAGCCGAGUACAGCCUCUGCAGCUCUAGCUGCGCUGUCCGAGCGUCCGUUCUACGAGGAGUGGUGGUUCCUGCUGGUGAUGGCCCUGGUGGGAAUCAUCCUCAUACUGGUCCUGGUCUUCACGCUGCUGCUGCACGGACACAGCACCAAGUACAAGGCCUGUGGCACAGGGAAACACGUGUCCACGGCCGAGGAGUCGGUGACUCUGGACAACGGAGGGUUCACGGCUCUGGAGCUCAACAGCAGGACGCUCAACACCAAGAACUCCUUCCUGAAGAAGAACGGCACCAGAUCUCCUCCCAGGCCCAGUCCAGGUGGUCUUCACUACUCUGAUGAGGACAUCUGUAACAACUACAAUGGAACCGCCCUCACAGAGAGCACCACGCUGACAGAGAAACCCAACGAGGUGUCGGAGUCAGAGUUAACGGACAGCGACUACGAGGACGAGCAGCCGAAGCACUCCUUCGUCAACCACUACAUGAGCGACCCCACCUACUACAACUCGUGGAAGCGGCAGCCCAAAGGCCUCAAAGCCAUCACCGCGCCGUUCGGCUACGAGGAGUGUGCCGCGGCCGAGACGGAGCCGUACUACCAGACCGUGGUCACCCAGCACAGCACGGGGGGGGCCUACACACCGACGGGACAGCCGGCGCACACGCACGUCAACCCCAACACCAACCCGCCGGGAUCACGCACCCCCGUCACGGGGUUCUCCUCCUUCGUUUGA